AGAAGAUGGUUUUUAGAGAGAGAAUAAUUUGAUAUGGAUAGUUUUUUUUUUUUACUGUGGUUAGUGGGGGUAGUUACUGUAGUUUGUGGGGGUAGGGGAAAAACGCAAAACGCUGCGUUUUGUAGGGGGUGUAGGUUAUGGUACCUACACUAGGGUCUAGUGUAUACUAAUUACAGUAAAAUAUGGGUAAAGCCCAAUAAGUUAAUAAAAAUAAAUAAAUUUGGGUCUAAAAUUCAAAAACCCAAAACCCAAUCAAAAACCUCUGUCAAAAAAACAAAUCGUCGCUUUCAUCGGCGACGGAGCAAGCGGAAUAGUCGCCGGAAAACCCUAAACUUCGCGAAUCUCCGAUGAAAAUGGCGGUUUUCCGAUCACGAGCAUGGAUUUCAAGAGCCUUCGGUUCUCUCUCCACCAAUCCUCUUUGAGUUUGUGUCGUCGGCAGCGGACCUGCCGGAUUUUACACUGCUGAGAAGAUGUUGAAAGCUAAUGAGAAAGCUGAAGUUGAUAUAAUGGAUCGAUUGCCAACUCCAUUUGGAUUAGUUCGUUCUGGUGUUGCUCCUGAUCAUCCUGAAACUAAGAUUGUGAUUAAUCAGUUUAGCCGGGUUGCGAAAAACGACCGGUGCAUGUUCUUUGGAAAUGUAAAUCUUGGGGCGUCUGUAUCACUGAAAGAGCUUCAAGAUUUAUAUCAUGUGGUCGUGCUUGCAUAUGGCGCUGAAAGUGAUCGAGUUCUUGGUGUUCCUGGAGAGGAUUUAAAAGGAAUUUACUCUGCUAGGGAGUUUGUUUGGUGGUACAAUGGACAUCCAGAUUGCAGAAACUUGGCUCCUGACUUGGAGAGUACAGAUACAGCUGUUAUUCUUGGCCAGGUUGCCAGCAUAAUGGAGGACCUUGCCCAGGGACCAUUAGCAUCAAUUUCAAGCAUGCCAAAACCGGGUAGGGAGGGGCUUCUUGAGUUGUUAGAUGAUCGCAAAGUCACAGUACUUCCAUUCAGUGCCUGGGAAAAGAUAGACUCCGAAGAAAAGCAGCAGGGAAGUUUAAAGCACAAACCCCGAGAAAAAUUAUCCUCUUGGCAGGAGUUACUGAAAGUUGGAUCAGAAUGAAUAUAUUUCCAUCUCACAAAUUACCUAUUUCCCAGAGGAAGGGAAAAUUCGGGGUUUUUUUUCCUCUUUAAGUUAUAUACGAUUCCAUUUAGACUGUUGUAUAGAAAUACAAUUUUGACUUAGUUUGCACUCCACACUGACCUGUUAUCUUAAAAUUUUGAAGUGUGGUUCACAGCAGCUUGUAGAAUUUUCUGUCCCUCUAUUGUACACCAGAGUUGGUUAUCACAUAUCAAUUCGUAAUGCUUAACCGUUGAUAUUACAGAGAAUAAAUGGUAUUUGAUCUAGGAUCCAAUACACAAUUGUUUGUUUGGCAAUACAACAGUCUAUUUUUUAUUUUUUUUUAUUUUAUUGUUGCUAUUUUAAAAUUGCCAUACUUGCUUAAGAUAUAUACAAGUACACACUAUAUCCAUUUCAUGCUGUAUUUGACUGAAGUUAUCUGAGAUUUUUGAACCAAAAUUACCUACAGGAGUAAUCUGAUUUUAUGCACCUGAAUUUACCUAUGUAGACAUGUUUGUAAGUGUACAGGUUCAGCAACUGAUCAAUAAUUUCCCGGACACACCAUCAAAUAUGGUAUUUGUACCAAAGAGAUGCAUGAAGCACAUAUGUUUUUUUUAAUGCAAUGUUUAUUUGCAGGCAUUCGAUAAUGCAAUGUUGGUGCCAUUGAAGGACGUUUAGUAAUGAGAGCUUGGUGAUUCUUGCCUAUGGGCGUACUCUUCUGGUGGGGGGUCAUCUAUGGAACAUGGUAUGUUUUCCUUUCCUUUCUAACUUUUCCAAAGGGACCACAGCUUGAAUGAGGUUGAUUAUGCACUCUCUUCCAUUGAAAUGACUGAUUUCACUAUUUUAUGACAUGCUUUGCCCCCCACAACUCCACCCCCCCCACCACCCCACCCCACC